AAAAAAAAAAAAAAGUACCUGCAGUCUCAUCCCCAAAUAACUGCAGCGCUGUAUUUCCCGCAGUAUGUACAUCCACUUGCACGGCAAUGUGCUGCAUUAUUAUAAAGUGGAGGUGUUCCUCGCAGUCUGUCGUGGGCUUCCUUCCCCUCCCUCCGCCCUUCAUACUGGAAACACUUCCUCGAGUCCCAUAAUUCUCUGGACACUUGCAAAUGGCUGUGUGCUGUGCAGCCAGGGGUCUGACUUAGUUACCCAUCUGUCUGUCACUUUGGCUGCUUUUGAUGUUUCCCUCUGCCUAUCUGAGUAGUCUUGGUAAUCACAUGGCAGGUGGGGAGACCUGCUCACAUCCAGAAGGCGGUGAGGGUGUGCAGCGAGGAAGGCAGGGCACUGCGGAGGGCGUCCGGGCUCCUGCUCAAGAGGCUGAGGUGGGUUGCUCUGUGCAGUCCCAUCCUGGGGGCACUGGGAGCCCGAGGCCCAGAGCUCAGUCACCAGCUCCACAGGGGCUGCUCCUCCUUCCCCACCACCAGGUACAGCUGCGUGUUGUGGCCUGGGCACCUGGAGUUUCUCUGGACGUGCUGCAGAUCAAGUCCAGGCCCCUGAUCGCCAAGAGGAGCGAGUCAUGUGCCCGACAGGCCCAGGCCCAGGUCUUACCAGCAUUGCCACCGAAGUUCUGAAAAUCUCUUCCUGGGUGAUCGGUGUGCAGUCCUUUCCCCUUUUACGUUUCCCCUGCCCCGCCCCCUUCCGCAGGGUCAGGCCUGGGAGAAGGUAGAGCUUGGCCUUGGGAGACUGCAUUCCCUCCUCAGGAGGUACUCAGGUACUCCCAGGCCUCGCGGCUUCACACACUCCCCCCAGAGCACCCCUAGCAGAGCAGAGCAGCCAAGCUCACCUCCCACUGCGCUGGGCGCCCAAGGGGAAGGUGUCAGCUGCAGGGCUCAGUAACUGGGUCAGAGGCUCAGAUGAGAGCAGUUCCCUCCUUGCUCUUAAAGUGCCAGUGGCUCAGCAGGGCUUGGGCUCUUCACCUUGUGGGGAGCCAGCGAUAUCAGGGGUCUCCCUGGCUGGGCUGCUCUGAGUGGAAGCCUUAAGCUGACCCAACUGGUUUGGCUUCAGAGCUGUGAUUCAGGAGAGGACCUUUCUGGGUGUGCAGGUAACUGCUCUGUGGGCUUUAAGUCGCUCCAGUCUCAAAAUGUUCAGUGACUAACACAGCGCUUGGCAUAUGGUAGCUGGAGAACAAAUAUUUGUCAGAUGACUGUUAGUUUUCCAGGCGCCCAUUUAUCUCAUCUUGAGUAAAAACAAAGUAAGAACACCAAAAAAUCCAAACUCAAUGUCGCAGGCAAACAGUUCUGCAGUGCUUGAUUUUUCCUCUGGGUGCCCAGCCCGGACAGGUCUGUUUCUGGCUCUGAGCACCAGCUCCUAUGCACUGUUGCCUGCUCCACCUGUGUAGUUCUAUGAGAAUCAAUUGCAGACUUUAACCAGGCUGGCGCCUGUAACCAAUCAGUCCACUCAGCUGGUGUGGCCCGACACACAGACCCAGGAAGGAGGCUGGCCCAGCCGGGAGAGCCUGUGUGACUGAGCUAGGGACCGUGGGGCUGGAUUCGUACAGGCUUUCUGUGCUUCACCAGGCUCAGUAGCCGGAAAGCAUUCCCGGAGCCGUGGUCUCUACUCUUCUCCCACCUUCUAGCUCUGGAGUGUUCUGUGGAUAACCAGCUGAGACCUUUCUCUUGCUGCAGUCUUCCGGUGGCCAGCAGGAAGGAAAGCAGAUUCAGCCCAGCUGCUCAGCUCCCCUUGGAAAGACUGCCGCUCCCCCAACCCCUGCCCGAUCAUGGCCCUGCACCCCCGCCGAGUGCGGCUGAAGCCCUGGCUGGUGGCCCAGGUGGAUAGCGGUCUCUACCCUGGGCUCAUCUGGCUUCACCGAGACUCCAAACGCUUCCAGAUCCCCUGGAAGCAUGCCACCCGGCAUAGCCCCCAGCAGGAGGAGGAAAACACCAUUUUUAAGGCCUGGGCUGUGGAGACGGGAAAGUACCAGGAAGGGGUGGAUGACCCCGACCCAGCUAAAUGGAAGGCUCAGCUCCGCUGUGCUCUCAACAAGAGCAGGGAAUUCAACCUGAUGUAUGAUGGCACCAAGGAGGUGCCCAUGAACCCAGUGAAGAUUUACCAAGUGUGUGACAUCCCCCAGCCCCAGGGCUCCAUCAUUAACCCAGUAGGAUCCACAGGGUCUGCUCCCUGGGACGAGAAGGAUAAUGAUGUGGAUGAAGACGAUGAGGAAGAUGAGCUCGAUCAGUCGCAGCACCACGUUCCCAUCCAAGACACUUUCCCUUUCCUGAAUAUCAAUGGUUCUCCUAUGGCGCCAGCCAGCGUGGGCAACUGCAGCCCUGAAGCAGUGUGGCCCAAAACAGAACCUCUGGAGAUGGAAGUACCCCAGGCACCCAUUCAGCCCUUCUACAGCUCUCCAGAGCUGUGGAUCAGCUCUCUCCCAAUGACCGACCUGGACAUCAAGUUUCAGUACCGUGGGAAGGAGUAUGGGCAGACCAUGACUGUGAGCAACCCCCAGGGCUGCCGGCUCUUCUAUGGGGACCUGGGUCCCAUGCCCGACCAGGAGGAGCUCUUCGGUCCCGUCAGCCUGGAGCAGGUCAAAUUCCCAGGGCCAGAGCAUAUCACCAAUGAAAAGCAGAAGCUGUUUACCAGCAAGCUGCUGGAUGUCAUGGACAGAGGACUGAUCCUGGAGGUCAGCGGUCAUGCCAUUUAUGCCAUCAGGCUGUGCCAGUGCAAGGUGUACUGGUCUGGGCCGUGUGCCCCAUCACUUGUUGCCCCCAACCUGAUUGAGAGACAGAAGAAGGUCAAGCUCUUUUGUCUGGAAACAUUCCUGAGUGACCUCAUUGCCCACCAAAAAGGACAGAUAGAGAAGCAGCCACCAUUCGAGAUCUACUUAUGCUUUGGGGAAGAAUGGCCAGAUGGGAAGCCCUUGGAAAGGAAGCUCAUCUUGGUUCAGGUUAUUCCUGUGGUGGCUCGGAUGAUCUAUGAGAUGUUUUCCGGUGACUUCACACGCUCCUUUGACAGUGGCAGUGUUCGCCUGCAGAUCUCGACUCCAGACAUCAAAGAUAACAUCGUCACUCAGCUGAAGCAGCUGUACCGCAUCCUCCAAACUCAGGAAAGCUGGCAGCCCAUGCAGCCCACCCCCAGCAUGCAGCUGCCUCCUGCCCUGCCCACUCAGUAAUCACAAACACCUUCCUCCUCCUCCUCCUGCCCCCCCCAUUGUAUAUAUGAAUGUUUUUUCAGAUUUAACCAGCUUUUAAAUCUUUUUCCUCUAAUGAUGUUAGAAGUCUGUAACUUCAAAUGUGCCUAGCUUUUAAACUUGAUUUAAUUUAUGGAAAAUUGCCAUACUUUCCUUUUUUUUUUUCUUUUGAGACAGGGUCUCACUACGUGGUUCAGGUUGGCCUUGAACUCAUUUUGUAGCCCAGGCUGGCCUCGAACUCUCGGUGAUCCUCCUGCCUCAGCCUCUAGAGUGCUGGGAUUAUAAGCAUGCACCUCCACACCCUGUAUCCUUUUCUUUUUUAAACCCAAUGGUAGUAGGAUAUAGUAAAAGGAGACUAGGUUUGGGAGUUUGGACACCAGGGUACUAGCUACAGGUUUUCUUCCACUGUAACCUUAAACAAGUCAUUUAACUUCUGGGCUUCAACCUUAUUAUGUGUAAAUAAAUAAAGAUUGCAAUAAUGCCCAAAUUUCUUUCCGUUUUAAAACCCUGAUUUGAUUACUUCAUUCUAUUUUGUUCCCAAACUGCCUGGAACAGAACCUUUUUGCAUUGUUCUUGUACUGAUUUUUUUUCUUACCUUCAUUAAAGUUUCCUCAAGCCUGA